AUGAGUGACGCUACUAAUCCUCCUUCCAUAAACAUAGUUGUAUCAAUUGGUUUAGCCGCAGUAACAUUAAAUACCAUUUGUUCUAUAUAUGUCAUCUACAGAACAUUAAAUCGAUGGAGAGUGACAAAAAGACCUUUAUCAAUGUCUUUCAGAGUUCCCAUGUAUAUUGCGAUUACUGUGGUUGGUGGAUUAUUAUUUUUCGGUGUCUUAAAUAACAUGUCCUUAGUCGGAUCUCUAGCGCUCCUAACUUACUUUCGAACAUGUCAAAGAUGGUAUAUCAAUCUGGGAAAAUACGAUUACAAAUUAUUUGCAAUUAUCUCAUUAAUAUCCUUUAUACUAACUUUGAUUGGUGUUCCAAGCUUUGGUCCUGGUGGAUUCUGGUGCAAUGCUAAUCAUAUCAAUUCAGCAAUUCCUAUAAUACUCAUUAUUAUAAAUAACACGAUAAUAUUAAUCACACUUUUUUGCUAUAUCGCAACUUUACGUGAAGUAAAUUUUCAGCAAAAAGCUGUUCAAAAUAUUAAUACUCAAUCAAAACUCAGUCGUGUGGAAAUAAUUGUUACGAGAAAAAUUACCGGUUAUAUUUUAAUUUUCCUUUUACAAUGGACUCCUACAAUAUUUUAUGCUGUGGGCCAUAUUUUAGGUGUGUCUGGUAAUUUAGGAGGAGUGGGAAACAUGAUCUUAUUCCUUAUAAAUGAAAAGUGGAAAGAUGAUUUCAAUUCAUUAACUAUCAACUCUGAAACUCUUACCGGACAAAGUGAUGAAUGUAUUAAUAAUGGAAAUAUUUCACAUCUAA